CACAGAUUGGGGAGCGCGGGGGAGGAGGACCACGGCAACCCCGCCGUCCCGUCCGAACCUAUUCACCCCCGUGGACCGUGCCGUGACGCGGCACGCCGCCGCCGCCGCCGCCGCCGCCGCAACACCAUGGGGAAGCGAUCCGGCGGCAAGAAGCUGCCGUUCUUCACCAGAUCCUCCUCCUCGUCGUCCUCCGCCAAGCGGAAUCGGUCCGGUCGCCGCCUCCCUUCCCCCUCCAAGCAGGACAACGCGACGAGGGCUCUUCUCGCCUCCCCCUCCGCCGCCUCGCCGUCCGCGACCCCGGGCUCUGCAGCGGCGGGGCAGACCGCCCAGCCGCCGCCUCCCCUCUCGGCCACCGCGGGCGCCGGGGGUGCCGUGCCGGGGAAGGUCACCAAGAAGAAGGCCGGCGCUCGCCUGUGGAUGCGGCUGGACCGCUGGGGUACCUCUGAGGUCGUUGAGCUCGACAAGGCCUCCAUAAUCCGCCGCGCCGGCCUGCCCCCGCGCGAUCUACGCAUCCUCGGCCCCGUUUUCUCUCGCUCCUCCAGCAUCCUCGCUAGGGAGAAGGCGAUGGUGAUCAACCUCGAAUUCAUCAGGGUGAUAGUUACUGCCGAGGAGGUGCUCCUGUUGGACCCUCUCGUGCAUGAAGUGCUCCCUUUCGUUGACCAAUUGAGGCAGCACCUGCCUCUGAGGAGCCUGGUGGGUGGGAAUGGUGAAUGUGCCCCUGAUGGCAAUGGGGAAAAGCAGAAGGGCUCGCCUGGAGGCCAAGUGCCCCGUCUUAAUGAGGCGACUGGUGCGGAGCACGAGCUGCCAUUCGAGUUCCAUGUGCUGGAGGUUGCUCUUGAGGUUGUGUGCUCAUCGUUGGACCUUAGCGUGGCAGACCUUGAGAGGCAUGCUACUCCAGUGCUUGACGAGUUGACCAAGAAUGUCAGCACGAGGAACCUUGAGCGAGUGCGGAGCCUUAAGAGUCAUCUUACCCGUUUGCUUGCCCGUGUGCAAAAGGUCAGGGAUGAAAUAGAACACCUUCUAGAUGAUAAUGAAGACAUGGAACAUCUGUAUCUAACAAGGAAGCAAGUACAAAACCAACAGGUUGAGGCUUUAAUGUCAUCUGCUGCUUCCAACAGCAUUGUUCUUGCCGGAACAGGUGUGCCCAGGCUGAACUCUAGCUUUCGGCGUAGCAUGAGCAUUGCUACCAGCAUGCAUUUGGAUAAUGAUGUGGAAGACCUAGAAAUGUUACUUGAGGCCUACUUCAUGCAGCUGGAUGGAAUCCGCAACAGAAUUUUGUCGGUUCGGGAGUAUAUUGAUGACACAGAAGACUACGUCAACAUUCAACUUGACAACCAGCGUAAUGAACUCAUUCAACUCCAGCUUACACUGACCAUUGUAUCCUUUGGCAUAGCUGCCAACACUUACAUUGCUGGAGCUUUUGCAAUGAACAUCCCGACCUCUCUGUACAACACUGAUGGCAGCCUCUUCUGGCCAUUUGUCGGGGGCACCUCAUCCGCCUGCUUUGUAAUCACCGUCCUCUUAUUUUGGUAUGCCUGGUGGAAGAAGCUGCUGGGUCCUUGAGCACGAAGCGAAGACAAGAUGGCAGAGAGCCUUGUCAUGUUUGCAGAAAGGAAGCAAGCGUUCUAAGGAUAUUAGAGAACUGUGGGGAUAGCAUGAAAACCGUAUAUAACAUCUCACGAGUGGUCCAUAAGAUGAGUACAUGUAAUUUGUCAUUAGCAUAAAUGAGAUGAUGCGAUGGCCAAUAUACUUCUGUUAACAUCAUUAGAUAUAGCUGUUGCUGGCAAUGGACAAAUGCUGCCAUGAAAUUAUAUUAUCCAGCAAGGGCCGAUUUCUUGUACAGAUUGCUUUUCUUUCUGUUUUGGAGCUAUCAUCUUCUGUGCUUCAGUUUUUGGGCAAUCGGCAGGUGAUGGUUGUUUAGCCGACUAUAGCCACAUCUUGUGCCCAGUCUACCGAUAGUUCUCUCCCACCUGAUGAAUUGUGACUCCCAUGAUGAGUGGAUCAUUUGUUAA